AUGCACCACAAAGAUCUAAUUUCAGGCAAGGUCGUAUUGGAUGUUGGCUGCGGCACUGGCGUUCUUUCUAUAUUUUGUGCUUUUGCUGGUGCCACUCGGGUCUAUGCAGUCGAUGCAAGUGAUAUUGCGUUACAGGCAAUGGAAAUUGUGAGGGAAAAUGAGCUGUCUGACAAAGUCAUUGUUUUGCAUGGACGAAUCGAGGAUGUCGAAAUUGAAGAAAAAGUUGAUGUCAUUAUAUCUGAAUGGAUGGGCUAUAUGCUUCUCUAUGAGAGUAUGCUGGGGAGCGUAAUUUUUGCUAGGGAUAAAUGGCUUAAGCCAGGGGGUCUUAUUCUUCCAUCUCAUGCGUCGCUUUAUCUUGCGCCUAUUACAAAUUCGCACAGAUAUCAGGAUAGUAUUUACUUCUGGCGAGAUGUAUAUGGUAUAAAAAUGUCCUGUAUGAUGCCUCUUGCAAAACAAUGCACAUUCAUGGAGCCUUCUGUUGAGACAAUUAGUGGCGAGAAUGUUUUGACAUGGCCAACGGUGGUUGCACAAGUGGAUUGCUAUACCAUACAAGCUCCAGAUCUUGAAACUAUUACCGCUGCAUACAAGUUUACCUCAAUGUUGCAAGCGGUUGUGUAUUUUAAUCUGUGGAGUCCUCGAGCUAAUGAUCGUGCCAGCUCCAUUGCAUGGAUUUGCAUUUUGGUUCGAUGUCGAGUUUAA